AUGGGCUCGUCAUGGAGUAUACGCGCUCACAAACCACGGACAUCAUGGCUCCAUAGCUUCCGACGCGCAGAUCCCCUUCCAGGCUACCAUCCCACCGACGCACCAGAGCGAUUCUACGACUUACGCGCCGCCAAUGCGAAAACAGCGAAUACAGCACUUGCGCGAGAAUUAAAAGGUCGACAUCUUCAAAUGAUUGCCUUUGGCGGUGCGAUUGGAACUGGAUUGUUCGUCGCAUCGGGUGCAUCGCUCUACAGAGGCGGACCAGCGAGUUUGUUGAUCUCGUAUUUACUACUCGGGGCGAUGCAGUAUUGUACGAUGCAGUGUCUUGGGGAGCUAUGCGUCAUGUUUCCGAUCGCGGGCUCGUUUUCGGCGUUUUCGACGAGGUUCUUGGAUCCGUCUUGGGGGUUUGCUAUGGGUUGGAAUUACUGUUUACAAUGGCUGUUCAUUUUACCCUUGGAAAUCAUCGCUGGGGCGUUCACGAUAGGAUACUGGAAUCCGGAUCUGACGAAAUCCAUAUUCGUCGCUAUAUUUCUCUUCGCUAUUGUUGUUAUCAACCUUUUUGGCGUCAAGACAUAUGGCGAGGCUGAGUUUAUCUUUUCUCUCAUCAAGAUCACCGCCAUCGUUGGCUUCAUAUUACUCGCCAUCGUCAUAAAUGUCGGCGGGGAGCCCGAGAGCGGUUACAUCGGCGGCAUGUACUGGCGUAACCCAGGGCCCUUCAACAACGGCUUCAAGGGCUUUUGCAGUGUCCUCGUUACAUCUGCAUUCUCCUUCACGGGCACAGAGCUCAUCGGUCUCGCCGCCGCCGAGACAGCUAAUCCACGAAAAUCUUUACCGACGGCGAUCAAGCAGGUUUUCUGGCGUAUCACGAUAUUUUACAUCGUUGCGCUCCUGCUGGUUGGGCUAUUAGUCCCUUCUGAUGAUAAACGACUCGUCGGGGGUGAUAACGUCGCGGACGCUACGGCGAGUCCGUUUGUAAUUGCGAUAGAGAAGGCAGGGACUUCUUUGCUUCCGAGUAUAAUGAACGCAAUUAUCUUGGUGGCGGUGAUAAGUGUUGGGAAUUCAGCUGUUUUUGGAUCGUCGAGAACUUUAGCUGCUUUGGCUGAACAAUCGCAUGCGCCGCAAAUCUUUGCGUACGUGGAUCGACAAGGGCGUCCGCUCAUGGCAAUCCUGUUCGCAUCUUGCAUCGGUCUACUCGCGUUUCUUGCGGACGUUAGUUUUCACGACUCUAUCUUCAAUUGGCUUCUCUCCAUCAGUGCAUUGAGCACUUUAUUUACGUGGGGGAGUAUCUGUUUGUGUUAUAUCCGCUUUCGAAAGGCUUGGUAUUACAAUGCGCAUACUCUAGAACAACUGCCCUUCAAGUCGCAUGUUGGUGUCGCAGGAGCGUGGUUUGCCUUUGUGGGGUACAUCCUUAUCUUGAUCUCUCAGAUUUGGAUUGCCGUCUCACCUGUUGAAGAGCCCGGUAUUGAUAGGACCGCAUCGGGACUCACACAGAACUUCUUCUUAAAAGUUCUUGCAAUACCCAUCAUCUUGUUGUUUUAUGUAUGUCACAAACUUUGGUAUCGUACGCAGAUUGUACGGCUACCUGAUAUGGAUGUUGUGACUGGGCGGAGGUAUUUUCGUGUGCACGUUAUGGCGGAGCAAGAGCGGGAAGAACGACAUGGCUGGCCCAAGUGGAAAAAGGUCUAUCGGUUUCUCUGUUAA